GCCACCUACACGACCAUUCGCUUGGGCGUCUACACGAGCCUGUUUGAGCGCAUCUCCCAGAGUGGCGCCCCACCGACCUUUCUGCAGAAGGGCGCCUGUGGUCUGGCGGCCGGUGUGAUCGGAUCCUUCACUGGCACACCCACAGAAGUCUGCCUGAUUCGCAUGACUUCGGACGGCCGGUAG